UCGGACAAGGUUGGCCGGAUGUGUCCCUCGCGUUGUCCUCUAACCUGAGCAACGGCGAGAUGCGCGUUCGUUAGGGCGUUAAUAAAAACACAGCUCAAGGCCGCGGUACAAAGAGCAGAAGUCGUCGGCUUCCCUUGAGAAAUGACGGCGCGAGGCACCGCGAGCCGCUUCCUGCAGAGCGUCCUUCGCAACGGCGUGGGCCGCUACGUGUGUCAGCUGAAGCGGGUGGCGCUCAUCUUCUCGCCGAAAGGACAGGGCUCCCUGGGGGCCAGAGAAUUUGUUGAGAAUGGAGUGGUGGACUUUGCCCGGAAGAACCCUGCAGUUGUGGUCUACGUCUCUGCCCAGUCCGUCCAAACCCCCAAAGUUGUGGCGGAAUACUUGAACGGCACCGUAAAGGAGGAGAACAUCAACAAGAAGUCUCCGGAGGAGAUCGGUGCCCUGCUGAAGAAGCUGAGCGACCAGUCGGGCCUCGACAUCAUCCGCAUCCGCAAGCCCUUCCACACGGACAGCCCCAGCAUUCAGGGCCAGUGGCAUCCGUUCGUGAACCGCCCGCCUGCCGUGGGGACCGUCAGGCCUCGGGGCAAACAGCCGGAGUGAGCUGAGGGCAGGGGGUCGGAGCUCUGCCUCCUCGGUGCUGCGGGACUGGAAGGUUUAAACGGGAGGGCGCGAUGGGAUCGAGGACUGAACGUCCGGCUGAGUCACCAUUAUCAUAUUUGUCCAGUCAAGGCAUGAGGUUAUAGUUGUCUUGAUCAUGUAUUUCUGCUACUUUUGGGAAGACUCCACAAAUACCUGAGUCCCAAGGGCAGCAGGGCUCCACCACGUGCUGCGGACAGGUUUGUGAAGGUGGCGUGAGUUUGGAGCCCAUCCAGAACAGGCGGGAGGUUCAGUCCUCAUCAGCUUCAUUGUUGCUCUCUCUCUGCAGUUUGUUUUUCUUCCUUCAUUGUUCAUCGCUAAGACCUUUUUACCUCCAUUGUGAGGCUUUUGUAUUUGUGCCAAAGUAAAACUCCCUGGAGUCCUGACCAAUCCGGA